GGAUGCUUUAUGACGUCACAAACAACAGAACGCCUACGUCGACAUUUUGCGUCCGUUUUCGCGCACUCGUCUCGGCUCGCGCGGCUCCUCGUCUGUCGCGUCUUCUUCCCUACGACGACAUUUUUGUGUUAUUGUCGUCGUCCGGAACGCAUCGACAAUGACCGCGGCCGCCAGGCGCCAGUCGUGCUUCCUGUGCGACUUGCCCCGCAUGCCGUGGGCCUUCAUUUGGGACUUCAGCGAGGUGGUGUGCCGAGGUUGCGUCAACUACGAGGGAGCCGACCAAGUCGAGCUGGUCAUCGACACCGCCCGCCAGCUCAAGCGGGCCCAGGGCCUCCGGGAGGGCCGAGCGGGGGGGAAGCCGCCGCCGCCGCCGACGACGACGACGACAGCAGCCAAGGAGCUCCACCAGCCGGCCCUGGGGGCGCUCGCCUCCUCCCGCUACCCGCUAACCGACAGGCCGCCGCCUCGCCUGGGCCCGGAGUACCAGACGGCGACGACGAGGCUCGUCAACGGCUUCCCCAAAGCCGACGACCCGCCCGAGCUGAACCGCCAGAGCCCCACCGACCCGCGGCGGAGCGGCUGCGUGGUGCCGCCCGGCAUGGUGCCGCUGCUCAACAUUUGCCACCCGCACGCCACCGCCGUCCUGGUGCCCACCGAGGCGGCCGCGCUGCGGGUUGACAGCCACAUGGCGGCGGAGAGCAGAAGCGUGCGCGAGCUCAUGGCCGUGCACGCGCUCGACGCCAGGUUAAAAAAGGAGCACAUGGCCGCGCACGGGAUGAUGACGUACGAAGGCCACGCCCCCUCCAAGACAGAGAGGGGGAAGAAUCCCCGCAGCUUGAAGAGGAAGGCGUCUCCCGAGCCAGACAGCAAAAGCACGGCCCACAAGUUGAACGACACCGAGGGUUCGCCGUGGUUGCCAUCGCACUCUGAGGCGGUCAAGAUGGCCCCUGCCGCACCGGCUGGCUUCUCGCCCCCUGGGGCAGCCGCCCCCCCGCCACAGAACGCUCAGUUGCCCAUCGCCGCCCUAAUCCUGGCCACAGACAAUGCGGGCGUGCCCAAAGACGGCGCCCGGGUGCGGCGGAACAGCGGCACCUCGCCUGGGCCUGGGGGGGAAGCGGGGGUGGCGGGCGGCGUCCCGCUCUGCUGCACGUUGUGCCACGAGCGCCUCGAGGACACGCACUUCGUCCAGUGCCCGUCGGUGGCGUUGCACAAAUUCUGCUUCCCGUGCUCUCGCGCCAGCAUCAAGACGCAGGGUGCCAGCGGGGAGGUGUACUGCCCCAGCGGGGGGCGCUGCCCUUUGGCCGGCUCAGACCUGCCCUGGGCGUUCAUGCAGGGAGAGAUCACCACCAUCCUGGCUGGAGACGUCAAGGUGAAGAAGGAGCGGGACUCCUAAGAAGGGUUCCUCUUGUUAACCAUGGCGACCGUGGAGCUCGGUGGACUCAAAACCGUGUCGUCCUGUGUUUUUUUGCUUUUUCGCGACGUUUUGUGUUUGUGCAUUUUUCAACACAACCAAUUGCAGCGAGCACUUGGCCAAUAAAAACAAACCACUCA